GGUAUGUCCCGCUGUUUAUCGCAGCUCAGAGAAGAAGGACAUUUCAAGACAAAGUGAGACACACGGGGGACAGGAGCAGUCUUCGCCUCAGGACCGAGACAUUCCCAGCGCGUGUCCGCUCUCCGGAGACCUGCUGGAGCCGGAGCAGAGAUGCCUCUGAACGACGAGCGUCCCUCCUCCUCGCCCGGCGCCAACGAAACCUCCGCCGGCGACGCCUCCGCCGGCGACGCCUCCGCCAGCGACGCCUCCGCCAGCGACGCCUCCGCCAGCGAGAGCUCCAGCAGCAGCUGCUCGCCGUCCUCCAGUCCUCCCAGAGCCGUGACCCUGGACCAGGUGAUGGACUCCACCAGAGACCUGCUCAACCUCCACCUGUCCCACCACAUCCUGGCAGACCGCCACUUCAGAGUACCAGAGGAGCCUCUGCCUGAGGGCAGUUUGUGGAAGACGGUCAGAGACAACCUGCACAAGGCAUUCUGGGACAUCCUGGAGGCGGAGCUUAACGACGACCCUCCUCAGUACGGACAGGCCAUCAGCUUGCUGCAGGAGAUCCGAGAGGCGCUGCUGUCGCUGCUGGAGCCGAGCGGAGGUCAGAUGCGCUCGCUGCAGGACCAGAUCCUGGAGGUUCUGGACCUGGACCUGAUCCGGCAGCAGGCGCAGCACGGCGCCGUGGACAUCCCGGGCCUGGCCGUCUUCAUCGUGGACGCCAUGGGGCAGCUGUGCGCCCCCGCCCGGGACCCGGAGAUCCGCAAGCUGAGGGAGCGCGCCGGCGCCAGCGACGCCGUCGCCCUUUUCAGGGAGAUCUUCAGGGUUCUGGACAUGAUGAAGGUGGACCUGAUCAACUUCUCCAUCAUGGAUCUGAGGCGAGUCCUGCAGCAGCACGGCGCCGCCUACGAGAGGGACAAGUUCCAGAAGGUUCUGGAGAGAACCCCCAGCGCUCUGGACCGGACCACCGCCUGGAUCCGCUCGGCGAUGGAGGAGCUGCUGCCGUCCGGGUGGGGGUCCGACGGGGUCAAAGGUCAGGUGGCUCUGCCCGGACCCGCCCAGAUCCUCAACACCGCCUACCUGCAGCUCCUCCGGUGGGACUACAGCCGGAACCCGCUGCCCGAGACCCUGGUGACGGAGGAGCGGCGCCUGCAGGACCUGCAGCGGCGGCUGCAGCAGAACCGGGCCGUGUGCCAGGUUCUGCUGCUGGUCUCCAGCGGCGCCGGAGACGCCGUCCGGGACCUGCCCGCCCUGACGGAGCGCCUGAAGAGGAUGGUGGCGGUGCUGCUGGACGGGAUGCACCGGACGAGCUUCGACCUUGACGAGGCGCUGAAGGGCGUCGGAGCCAAAGUCUGCUGCGAGCUGAACGACUCGCUGAGGGGGCGUGGCCACCCGGCCCUAAGCCCCGCCCAGCAGGACACCCUGAGGGGCCAGAUCUGCAGCCUGGCGCAGCCGGAGAACCCCGUCAGAACCCUCGUGGAGGACCGGGUCCAGCAGUACUUCCAGACGCUGGUCUUCAGCUCGGAGCCCCGGGUGAAGCUGCAGGAGGUUCCGUCCGGCCUGGCGGACAUCGGGGCGGAGCUCGCCGCGCUGGGCGCCGCCUUCCUGCCGCUCGUCAGCUACAACAAGGCCGUCUACACGCCGUUCUACAUGAGCGUCAUCAGGAAGCUGCUGUUCAGCCAGGAGCCGCCGCACGGCACGCCGUCCACCGGGGGCGCCGCCCACUCCACCGGGGCCGCCGCCCACUCCACCGGGGCCGCCGCCCACUCCACCGGGGCCGCCGCCCACUCCACCGGGGCCGCUGCCACCCAGUCCACUGCCCAGCCCGCCGGAGACGCCGAGUCCAGCGGCUGAAGCUGCAGAGGAAAAACUUGACUUGAGUGGAUUUUCUGCUCCACCGGCCCGUUUCCAUGGAGUUUUUCAAUCCGACUGAAAACAGCCGAGUUUACAUGGAGGACAGACCAGGAUCCAGGACCAGUCCUGGUUCACUGAACCCUGGUGAAGCGGAUUAUGCAGCGUCCUGUGACAUGAGGACAGAGUCUCUCCGGGAGCUUCCAGGUCUUUGUCUCUGCAGCAGCAGAAGCUGCUCAGAGAGCCCCUCCCCCGCCCGGCGCCACGCCUGCCGGUGUUUCGGAUGAACUGGUGUCCGUGUUAACUGGUGGCCUUGUCGAGGUUCUAGUGACGCCGGUUCUCUACAGUUCCAGUAAAUUCAUCAGUUCAGAGUCUCUAGUGAGUCUGAUUCUAACAUCUGCUGCUUCCAGCAUGUUUACAGGAACCGUCACUCGUUACCAUGGCGACCAGUUAACCCGUCACACCGGGCGGCGGUCCGCUGGUAGUCUACCCCCGAGCUCUUUCAACACCCGGCUCCACCUCUGCUCCAGGGUUUGUUCUGUCUGGGUUUUUAUUAGAAAGAGUUUCUCAACAACCGUCCACUUCUGCUGGUUUCUGACUUUCCUGCUUCCUGUUUCCUGUUUACUACUUCCUGCUUCCUGUUUCCUGUCAUGUCACUCUGUACGAGGGAACGCCUGGCAGAACCAAUAAUCCCGUUUAAUCCGCUCGGCUGUCAGGUUCUGUUUAUGAGACACGGAGCAGAUCAUGGAUCAUGUAGACCACCUGGAUCAGUGUAGACCACCUGGAUCAGUGUAGACCACCUGGAUCAGUGUAGACCACCUGGAUCAGUGUAGACCACCUGGAUCAGUGUAGACCACCUGGAUCAGUGUAGACCACCUGGAUCAGGCCUGUGGGGAGGCGGAUCCUCUCGGUGUUCAUAUGAACCGUUUACGAUCCGCUCUGCUCCAGUCUGGUGCUGGUUCCCGUGGAAACGGGGCCAGGUUCCGGAAACGCCGACGGGAAGAACAGAAACGUUUGUUUCCCUGAAAAAAGCAGAAACCUGGUUUUCCAGAAGUUUCCCUGAAACCGUUUGUUUGUGUUUAAACUGUUGACUUUAAUAAAACUGUAAA